AUGUACUUUGUUGUUCUUAUUUAUUUAUUUUACUUUGACUUUUGUUUUUUGCUUUGCGGCAGUGCCGCUCACGGCACUUCUCACGAUUUCCGGGGCGUUGGGCGGUUUAGCCGCGGGUUCAUUUAUUGCAAUGAAGUGGCCCAGCGGCGCCUUCACUCGCUGGCGCCCGCCCAUCGAUUGGCCCGCGCCUGGGCGAUUGCGCCGUGGCGGCACUCGCAUCGUGGCGGAUGCUGGUCACUUCUGCACCGCCGGGCCAAAGACAACGUGAUGCAUUGGGCCUCGUUGCGACGGCCCACGGUGGCGCGCGGCACUCGGAUGCUGCUGCGCGGCGGUGGGGGAAAAGGGGGCGCGAAGAGGCCGGUCGAGAGUAGUCGGCCUGCGGGGCCCGCCUUCAAGCGGCGUCCGUGGGCGGCGGGGGAUAUGUCAGCAGGAACACGCAGCCGGCGCGGUAGGGGGAGAGAGCACGCAACGAGCGCUUUGCCUGGACGGCCACUUGGGCGCGUUGCG